UUAAUAGUGGGCUAAUUUGGAAAUGCAUGAAGUGUCUGUAAACUACUGUUCCAAACGUUAACGCGAAGUGUUUGUGCUUAUUUUCGUGUUCUUGUGAAGUUUUGUUAAGCGGCGUGAGUGAGAAAUUGUAUGUAGCAUGCCGCAGUUUCAUAAAAUCGAAAUAAAUAGGACCGAAUGGGAGGUUCCGGAACGGUAUCAAAUGCUCACUCCAGUGGGAUCAGGAGCUUACGGUCAAGUGUGUUCAGCAGUUGACACAACAACUGGACAGAAAGUAGCUAUAAAAAAAUUAGCCAGACCAUUCCAAUCAGCUGUACAUGCAAAGCGCACAUAUAGAGAACUUCGUAUGUUAAAGCACAUGAAUCAUGAAAAUGUAAUUGGUUUAUUAGAUGUAUUUCAUCCAUCUUCUUCUCUAGAAGAUUUUCAGCAGGUAUAUUUAGUUACGCAUCUGAUGGGUGCAGAUCUCAAUAAUAUUGUAAGAACUCAAAAACUUUCGGAUGAUCAUGUACAAUUUCUUGUUUAUCAAAUCCUUCGUGGUCUCAAAUAUAUUCAUUCUGCGAGUAUAAUACAUAGGGAUUUGAAACCUUCUAACAUAGCUGUAAAUGAGGAUUGUGAGCUGAAAAUUUUAGAUUUUGGAUUGGCCAGGCCUACAGAAAAUGAAAUGACUGGGUAUGUUGCUACAAGAUGGUAUAGAGCUCCAGAAAUUAUGCUGAAUUGGAUGCAUUACAAUCAAACAGUUGAUAUUUGGUCAGUUGGAUGUAUAAUGGCAGAACUGCUAACAGGAAGAACAUUGUUUCCAGGAACAGAUCACAUUGAUCAUCUAACACGAGUCUUAGUACUCUGUGGUACACCCACAGAGGAAACUUUAAGCAAAAUUACCAGCCAAGAGGCAAGAAACUACAUUCAAAGUUUACCUCCCCUAAAAAAGAAGAACUUCAAAGAAGUUUUUCGUGGAGCCAAUCCUUUAGCUAUAGAUUUACUUGAAUUAAUGUUAGAAUUAGAUGCAGAGAAACGAAUUACUGCAGAACAAGCUUUAGCUCAUCCAUAUCUUGCACAGUAUGCCGAUCCAACUGAUGAACCGGUAUCUUCGCCAUACGAUCAGAGUUUCGAAGAUAUGGAUUUACCUGUCGAAAAAUGGAAAGAACUCGUUUAUCGUGAAGUUAUAAAUUUUGUACCUCAACAAUUACCUGCAAUGGCCUCGACUAUUGAGCCUUCUUCAAAACAAGAAAAGUCAUUUUCUAUUCGAGUGGAAGACGACGGAGUAACUACUCUACAAACAACAGCUACUGAUUGCAGAAAUUACUUACACCCACGUUUACAAAAAGUAAUUCGAAUCGACGUUGGAAACAAUACGAACAGAAGGAUUAAUGUGGAGGACGCAACGCAAACCAAAGUAUCUUAUUUCAAAACCGUAUGUAUAGCUUGUCAAGUAUGCAUGAAGGAUAAUGUAUCUGUUAAUACUGCAAAUUGUACGACUGCAUUAAUGAAAAAUAAUCUGAAAGAUACUACUUGCACGGAUUAUGCUCUGGAGAAAGGUAUUAAAGGAAAAAGGAAAACUGACGAAUUCGAUAUGUUCGGCAAGAGUAUUGCGUUUCAAUUGCGAAAUAUAAAUUUUGAUACAAACUGGAACAAAUGCAAAUGAUUAAAAGUUUGCAAUGUCAAAAGCAAUAUAAAGCACCGUCUUCCUGGUAUAAAAUAAUGAGAGAGAUGCUGACGAAAGUAAUCGAUGAUGAGGAAAAAACUCAGCAACGGGAAGCCACUGCUGUUUUUAGAUCCAUAAGCAGUGACAAUAUAAAUAAUUCACAGCGGAAAGAGAAAAUGGGAGCGACCGCAAAAUUUUUAAAAUUUCGUCCGUGCAAUGAAACAACUUGCGAUCAGUUCUCAAGAAGAAGCAAAUCGGUGGAGAAAUCAUGUCAUUUGGACGAGAAACUUAGAUCAACAGAGAAAGUUAUAAUAAAAGAGAAAAGUGAAAAGAAAGUAAGAUACGUUCCUUGUCCGCAGUUUAAAAAAAAAGAAGUUAAUUUAAGAGAUCAGAUAGAAGAUGCACU